AAAAAAGAAGAAAAAAAUCUGUUCUUUGAGAAAUUAACAUCAAUCUGUUAAAAAAGUUAUCGUAUAAAAUAUGGAUACAGUAUAGAGGCAUAAACCCUAUAUUUCUACUUAGAAGUAAAAUUGAAUUUUUGUUUGAAAGGAAAUUUUGUUAAUAUUUGUCUUCAAAAUGUUGCAAGAAAAGAAGACAAUUAUAUUGAGACGUGGCAGAAUUUCGCAAAAAAUUAAAAACAACCUGCAACCGUUGCUGCAGAACACAAAAAAGCAAAUCGCUCAAGAUGCUUACUAUCAAAAUAAUCCAAUAGGCUCAAGCCCUCUAAUAGGACAAAAUCAGAAAACAACUGUUCAUGAACGUCUAGGCCUUAAACAAAUACGAAUGAAACGAAUCCCUUUUAUAGGAACAAACUCAUCUACAAUUCCACCCAAAAAAAGAAUUUUCAAACAGCAUCCAAACCACAUAAGGAACUUUAAUAAUUCCAAAUUUCAGAGGAUUUAUUCUGCACAAGCAAGGCUUGAUCGAAUACGUCAGAAACACAAACCUCUUAGACUUCACAGAUUUCAAAAUACUAGAAAACACCGAGCUGCAAAUCUAACUGUACAAGUAAAAAAUCCAAACUAUGUGGGAAGUGGAAUUCAAAAUAGGGGAGCAGCUUCUAGUGCUGUUGGACGAUUCAAAAUGAUAUUAAAUCCUGUAUUGCAAUCGGAGAUUUUGCACUUGAAAAAUAACGAAACUAAAAUGGGAGAUGUAAUCAUUUAUAAUUGGCGUCCUACUCCAGUUACCACCAUUUUCAGCACACAUGAACGUUUCUCAAACUAUUAAAUUUUGUUUAUGUUUAGUUUUAUAUAGUUUUGGUUUAGUUUUGGCCACCAUUGCAUGUUUGAUUUAUAGACGCAGCACACAAAGUAGUAUGUUUAAAGAUCUAUUAUUUUCACAUUGCAAAUAAAAUAAAACAAAUAGCAUUGCAUAUAUUCUAGUUUCACAAAAAAAUGCUUUAAGGAUAAUAAGCCCUUAAAUUAUUGAAUAAGCCUUGUAAGGUUAAUUUUGGUAAGUUCUUUUAGUGGAUUGUGCUGUUACUUAUGGUAUCCAAGAGAUGUAUGUUUGACUUGCAUUAUUUAAACCACUUUAUGAAAGUUUUAAAGUGUCAAAAAUCGCAUUGGUGGUCAAAGCCCUAGAUGUUACUUUAUAUUUGAAAUUAAAUAUAUUUUGGAUUUUGAUUACACUGGUGUUAAUCCUCUUUUUUUAUUAUUAUUCAUAUUAUUACAUUAUAUAAUCUGCAACAGGUGAUGUAUAAUUUGUUUUUUC